AUGGGAAAGCCAGUCGUCCUCCAGCUCGGUGACGACAUCCGCUGGAAUCAUGAACUGCACACCAAAUUCCAAGAGCACUUCGAGGUUCGCCGGUCAUACAGCAUGUCGCGACCUGAGUUCAUCCAAGCUUUGAAGGAUAAGAAGUUUGGCGAUUUCUUUGCGAUCUAUCGACCAUUCUGGAAUACUGGCGGCGAAAUGGGUAACUGGAACGAUGAACUGAUUUCAUUGCUGCCGGAUUCCUGCAAAGUAUAUGCUAGCGCGGGCGCUGGUUUCGACUGGGUCGACACUGCUGCCCUGGCUAAGAAAGGCGUCGUCUACUGCAAUGCCGCCGCCGCUUGCACCGAGUCUGUUGCCGAUGCUGCUCUCUGGCUGAUCAUCUCCACUUUUCGCCUCUUUUCGUGGUCUGCGAUGGCAGCUCGGUCACUCGAUCCUAACCAAUUCGCAGACGCAAACCGCAACCUUGCUCCCGUUUCCUUGAACCCCAAAGGCCACACGCUCGGUAUUAUCGGAUUCGGUCAGAUUGGUCGUCUCACCGCGGAAAAGGCAUACCUGGCUCUGAACAUGAAGAUUCUGUAUCAUGAUAUUGUCCAGAUGCCCCGCCAGCUCGAGGAGGUUUCUCAGGCCACCUACCACAAGAGCAUAGAUACACUAUUGGCCGAGUCGGACUGCGUAUUGGUGGCUACUCCAUUCAGUGGAGAGGCGCUUCUCAACGCAUCACUGAUGUCGAAGAUGAAGACAGGCGCCAGGCUUGUGAAUAUCGCCCGCGGAAAACUGCUGGAUGAGGCUGCUUUGCUAGAUGCUCUGAAGAAGGGCCAAUUGUCUUCUGCUGGACUGGAUGUACACUACGACGAACCGAAUGUGAACAAGGAGCUUGGAAAGAUGAGAAACGUCGAAAUCCUGUCGCACAAUGCUGGCGCUUCCCUGGAUUCUCAUAUCGGAUUCGAGCGACUGGGAAUGGAGAAUAUCAUCUCGUUUCUCCAGAAUGGCAAGGCAAUCACCCCUGUCAACCAGCACCUUGUGGCAAAAGCAUCUUCUUCAAAGCUUUAG